AUGAUUCGCAUGGACACUAUCUCCAUAGAAAACCAAACCAUCACCGAAUUUAUCCUUCUUGGUUUCUAUGAUAUCAGUGAACCGCAUCUCCUUUUCUUUAUCCUAUUCACCAUUAUCUAUGCCUCAAUCAUUAUAGGGAAUAUGCUAAUCAUUGUGGCUGUGAUUAGUUCGCAGAAACUCCAUUCACCCAUGUAUUUCUUCCUUGGUAAUCUGUCUAUUUUGGAGAUUCUCUAUACCUCCACAGUGGUGCCCAAAAUGCUGGAGGGCUUUUUGCAGGAAGCAAUCAUCUCUGUGGCUGGUUGCUUGCUCCAGUUCUUUAUCUUUGGUUCUCUAGCUACAGCUGAAUGUUUCUUGCUGGCUGUCAUGGCAUACGACCGCUACCUGGCAAUCUGCUAUCCACUCCGUUAUCCACUCUUAAUGGGACCCAGAUGGUGUUUGGUGCUGGUGGUCACAGCCUGGCUCUCUGGCUUCAUGGUGGAUGGACUGGUUGUGGCCCUGAUGUUUCAUCUGAGAUUCUGUGGCUCUAACCAUAUUGACCACUUUUACUGUGAUUUCAUGCCUUUGGUGAACCUGGCCUGCUCAGAUCCCAGUGUAGCUCAGAUGACAACAUUCAUUCUCUCUGUGGUUUGCCUCACUAUUCCCUUUGGACUGAUUCUGAUAUCUUAUGCCCGGAUAGUGGUUGCUGUGCUGAGAAUUCCUGCAGGGGCCAGUAGACGGAAGGCUUUCUCCACAUGCUCCUCUCACUUAACUGUAGUGUCCACUUUCUAUGGAACUCUCAUGGUUUUAUACAUUGCACCUUCUGCUGUCCACUCUCAACUCCUCUCCAAGGUCUUUGCCCUGCUCUACACUGUAGUUACCCCUCUCUUCAAUCCUGUGAUCUAUACCCUGAGGAAUAAAGAAGUUCAUCAGGCACUAAGAAGACUUCUCUACAGUAAGCAAACUGAAAUACUUGAUUGA